AUGGAGAAUCAAUGGUCAUUUCCUUUAUGGAAUUCAGAGCAAAUCGCUUUUUGGAGUCAUGUGGCAAGGGUUCAAGAAAACCAAACCGAAUCUCCAAAGGCUAGAACAUCGACUGUGCAAGGAGGUACUUGGAACCCAAGUCAAGUAUGUUAUUGGGUGAUUCCAAACACCAUGGCGAAUCCAAUGAUGGUUCUCGUCAGUGGCCAUGGACAACAGGUACAGCAACCUCAACAUACUCCAAACUUGAUGGAGACCCAAGAAACAUCGCAUUCACAUCCUCCAGACGUUUUUUUGCAACCUACAAGUAGUAACAACAACGCAACCAAUGGUUUUACAUUCCCUGCUAGACAUGCUACUUCUCUUCAGGGCCACAAGCUUGAAUUGGCGAACAACAACCAACACAGCAAUGGGGAACGUCAUCGAAAAGCACAUUCACAUGCGUUUGAUCCACCAACCAAGGAUUCUAAACACUGCUUAGAAGAAACCACUCAACAGCCGCAAUCUCCAACCCCAAACCAAACGUCAUCUUUUCAUUUCAUUGAUGAAACAUGUGAGGUCAGGCGAAGUUGCAAACGAACGAGAAAAUCUAAUCUCCAACAACAUGACGCAUCGAACAAAGACAAUGCUCACAACACAACCUCCACCAAUAACCAACCCUCCAAAGAUGUCAAAAUUUAUGCCUUCGAAAGACCCAUGUUAAGGAACAACCGAGCUUUUGCAGACAAUUACUUUGUAUUAACCCCUCAAACUUUAUCAUCCAACGCACAAGGCAAUGAUGCUUUUAAACAAGAAAAGAUGACCCAUAAGGAGAGUCAACAUCCACCAAAGAGAAGACAACGAAAAAAUUCAAUAGGAUCUUCCUCCAUGCAAAGCUCAAAAGCAAGUAGCAUUAGCGAGACACCAAUCGCGCUCAAUCAUUCCUCUCAAAAUAAUCCAGAAAAAACAGAGACAAAUUUGUGGCCUCAUGAGUUAAUGAACCAAACAGACAAUUCGCAGAGUAAUUGCCAAAUGGUUCUUCCUGCUUCAAACUGUCCAUCACAUGCGGAUGCUCAACAAGAUCUUGUUAACGAACCAAGUUAUGGAUCUAUUUUGCAAGCUUUGAUUCAAUAUUAUUUAGAGCAUCAAUCAUUGUAA